AUGGACCCCGGCCCCGGCAGCCCUGGAGCUCCUGCGGCCGCCCGCUCGGACGGCGAGGUGCCCUCCACCUCCACCUCCGGCGCGCAGGAGCCCGGCUCCGAGGAGAAAAAUGAUCCUCCAUUUCAACUCAAGCCUCCUCCAAAGGCGGCUAGGCCUGAAAAAGAAAUUGAUCCAGAAUAUGAAGAGAAGAUGAAAGCAGAUAGAGCAAAAAGAUUUGAGUUCCUCCUGAAGCAGACAGAACUCUUUGCACAUUUUAUCCAGCCUGCGGCACAAAAAUCACCAACGUCUCCUUUGAAAGUCAAGCUGGGACGGCCACGGAUAAAGAAAGAUGAAAAGCAGUGUUUGAUUUCAGCUGGGGACUAUCGCCACAGGCGCACGGAACAAGAAGAAGAUGAAGAGCUGUUGUCAGAAAGUCGGAAAACAUCUAAUGUGUGCAUUCGAUUCGAGGAGUCUCCUUCGUAUGUGAAAGGAGGAACGCUAAGGGAUUAUCAGGUUAGAGGUUUGAACUGGAUGAUCUCACUGUAUGAAAAUGGUGUUAAUGGCAUUCUGGCAGAUGAAAUGGGUCUUGGUAAGACUCUGCAAACAAUAGCAUUAUUAGGCUAUCUGAAGCAUUACCGAAACAUUCCUGGGCCACACAUGGUCCUGGUUCCAAAAUCAACUUUGCACAAUUGGAUGAAUGAAUUUAAACGCUGGGUACCAUCGUUACGUGCUGUUUGCCUUAUUGGAGACAAAGAUGCCAGAGCUGCUUUUAUCCGUGAUGUUAUGAUGCCUGGUGAAUGGGAUGUUUGUGUUACAUCAUAUGAAAUGGUAAUUAAAGAGAAGUCAGUCUUCAAAAAAUUUAACUGGAGGUACCUGGUAAUUGAUGAAGCCCACAGAAUAAAGAAUGAGAAGUCUAAGCUGUCAGAGAUUGUCCGUGAGUUCAAGACAACGAACCGAUUGCUGCUUACUGGAACACCUUUACAGAAUAACCUCCAUGAGCUGUGGGCAUUGCUCAACUUCCUUUUACCUGAUGUCUUUAAUUCUGCAGAUGAUUUUGACUCAUGGUUUGAUACUAAAAAUUGUCUUGGUGAUCAGAAGCUUGUAGAAAGACUUCAUGCUGUUUUGAAGCCAUUCUUAUUACGUCGCAUAAAAGCAGAAGUGGAAAAGAGUUUGCCUCCAAAGAAGGAAGUAAAAAUUUAUCUUGGACUCAGCAAAAUGCAGAGGGAAUGGUAUACAAGGAUCUUGAUGAAAGAUAUUGAUAUCCUAAAUUCAGCUGGGAAAAUGGAUAAGAUGCGUCUGCUGAAUAUUCUGAUGCAGUUGCGGAAGUGCUGUAAUCAUCCUUACCUAUUUGAUGGUGCCGAGCCUGGCCCUCCUUACACCACUGACACGCAUCUCAUCACUAACAGUGGUAAAAUGUUAGUUCUGGAUAAACUGCUAGCAAAACUCAGAGAGCAAGGUUCCAGAGUUCUACUUUUUAGCCAGAUGACUCGUUUAUUGGAUAUUUUGGAAGACUAUUGUAUGUGGCGUGGAUAUGAGUACUGCCGACUUGAUGGACAGACACCACAUGAAGAAAGAGAGGAAGCAAUAGACACAUUUAAUGCUCCCAACAGCAGUAAAUUCAUUUUCAUGCUGAGUACCAGAGCUGGAGGUCUAGGAAUUAAUUUGGCAACUGCUGAUGUGGUGAUUCUCUAUGACUCAGAUUGGAACCCUCAAGUAGAUCUGCAAGCCAUGGAUCGUGCGCAUCGUAUUGGUCAAAAGAAACCAGUACGGGUGUUCCGACUAAUCACUGAUAAUACUGUUGAAGAGAGGAUUGUAGAAAGAGCUGAAAUAAAACUGAGACUGGACUCUAUAGUUAUACAACAAGGAAGACUCAUAGACCAACAGUCUAACAAACUGGCAAAAGAUGAAAUGCUGCAGAUGAUCCGGCAUGGAGCUACACAUGUUUUUGCAUCUAAGGACAGUGAGCUAACAGAAGAAGACAUAACCACUAUCUUAGAAAGAGGUGAAAAGAAGACAGCUGAAAUGAAUGAACGAUUGCAGAAAAUGGGGGAAAGCUCUUUAAGAAACUUCACUAUGGACACAGAGAUGAGCUUAUACAACUUUGAAGGUGAAGAUUAUAGAGAAAAACAGAAGCUGAGCAUGAUGGAAUGGAUAGAGCCUCCAAAACGAGAGCGCAAAGCUAAUUAUGCAGUUGAUGCUUAUUUCAGAGAAGCCCUACGUGUUAGUGAACCAAAAGUCCCAAAGGCUCCACGACCUCCAAAACAGCCAAAUAUUCAGGAUUUCCAAUUUUUUCCACCACGAUUGUUUGAACUUCUGGAAAAAGAAAUUCUAUAUUACCGUAAAACUAUAGGAUAUAAGGUACCCAGGAACCCUGACCUCCCGAAUGCAGCCCAGGUACAAAAAGAAGAACAAAAGAAGAUAGAUGAUUCUAUGCCUCUGACUCCUGAAGAAACUGAAGAGAAAGAAAAGCUACUAACACAGGGUUUUACAAACUGGAAUAAAAGGGAUUUUAAUCAGUUUAUUAAAGCUAAUGAGAAAUACGGUCGUGAUGAUAUAGAUAAUAUUGCCCGUGAGGUGGAAGGAAAGUCACCCGAGGAGGUCAUUGAGUAUUCAGCUGUUUUCUGGGAACGUUGCAAUGAACUACAGGACAUUGAGAGGAUUAUGGCUCAAAUUGAACGAGGAGAGGCAAGAAUUCAGCGGAGGAUCAGUAUCAAGAAAGCCCUUGAUGCCAAAAUUGCACGGUAUAAAGCACCUUUCCAUCAGUUGCGUAUUCAGUAUGGAACAAACAAAGGGAAAAAUUACACAGAAGAAGAAGACAGAUUUCUGAUAUGCAUGUUACACAAGAUGGGCUUUGACAAAGAAAACGUGUAUGAAGAACUACGGCAGUGUGUGCGCAAUGCUCCUCAGUUCAGAUUUGACUGGUUUAUCAAAUCUAGAACUGCAAUGGAGUUUCAGAGACGCUGUAAUACUCUCAUAUCAUUAAUAGAAAAAGAGAAUAUGGAAAUUGAGGAAAAAGAACGAGCUGAAAAGAAGAAAAGAGGAUCAAAAGUCACAUCGUCACAGAAGAGAAAAGCAGAUUUGGCUACUGAGAACUCCGGAAAAAAAGAUGCUAAGAAAGUGAAGUCGUGAACUCGCAAAAUGAAUGCUAAAUAUAAAACUGCCUCUUUCUUGUCUUCAUCUACAAGUAUUAAUUGCCAACUUCUUUGUAUUCAUGGUACUUGCUCACAAAUCCCUUGGUUUAACUUAGCAAAUUUUGUAUAUUUACAAUGUCUUUCAUUACCUAGAAUGUGUAGCUUUAUAUUUUAUGCAUUCCAGUAUUUUUGUGUACUGUAUUUUGUGAAUUUCAUGUCUUCUGCAAAAUUCACUCAGUCCUUGUUUUUUUAAGCUUAUGCUGAAGUUUUAGCUUUUAUAUGUUUUAUAUGCUGCUGCUUUGAAAGGAAACCUAGAUUCUAUAGCUGUAUUAUUGUUGUUUCAUAUUUUAAAUUUAUAUGGCUGUGGGAAAAUAAACUGAAUUAAAAUUAUUUGAAGAGAAAUGUACUUCACCUUUGUUCCCCCUCUCCCCCUCCCUCCCCCAACCCUGUUCUGCAUAGCUACACCUAGAGUGAAUGUUAAGGUUUGUAUAAUUGUGCCUUCAUCAUCAAUCAGAUUUUCUUCAGAGUAUAUAGAUAGGAUCAGGAGCAUGCCAAAACAAAAAAUCUAAUUAGACUGACAUCCUUGUUUGCUGUCAGCAUUAAAUUGACAUUUUUCUCAGAAAUACCCAGAAGGAAAGCCAACAGAUACUUAGAUUUUUUUUUCCUUAUUAUCACCGGUUGCUGUUGGGCUGAAUAUAUGCUUAAACACAAGGCGAGGUGUUUUUUGGAAUGACCUCUAGAUGAAACUUUUUAUACGCCUAAUGAACUGAAGUAGUCGACUAAUAGCUUCUUUUUUAAGUAGCAAACAAAGUUCAUCAUCUCCUGGUUGGUAGGCUGCUCAGAUAUGCUGCCUUGUGCUAAAAGAUCUCUGUUGCUCUAAUUAUCUCUGCUAACUUUCUGCUUUUACCUUUGAUUCCAAAUGUCAGUCAGAAGCAAUGGGGAUAUGUUAUGGAGUGCUCCUUUUUAGUAUUUCUAUUUUAAUGAAGGGAUGAAAGUGUUAGAUGUACUGUGUUUUUUUUUUUGACUUUGCGAGAAUGGCAGGUUCAUAGUUUCUGUUCACCUUGGAGUCUCUGCCUUUCCCAGAUCAGUAGAACAGUGACUGUGACAUCUAAUGUUUUACUUUAAUCUUCUGUCUCUGAUCUGGUGUUUAGUAUGGACCUUGCCACAGCGAGGCUUGCCCUUAUAAUGUCAAGUCUAGAUUAAUGCAGUGUGCUUUACAUGGUACUUUCCUUGAAGACGACUUGUAGAUUUCUACUAGUACCGUUUGCUUCCUUCUUGAGUGGUUUGAGGUGAUAAAAUUGCUUUGUAUUUCAUGCUUGUGUUGGCUACCUUUCUCUGAAUUUUGUAAAACUAUUGGCUUUCAUAAAAUAUUCUUGAGUUUCAUAAAACUUCUCAUGAAUUCUAGGACACACUUCUGUCCUCAUUGUUUCAUGUCAAUUAAAAUCUAUUGGAAUGGCUCUGAGGUGUUCUAGGAUUAAUCUCUAUAAGGUUGAUGAGUAAUUUCUAGAUUUCCUUGAUAGUCUGCAUUUAAGGUUUUGUGCAAAAUGAGUGUGAUGGCUUGGCCUGGCAUCUUGAAAGAUUACUAAUUGGAUUUUUUAUUUUGGUGUAUAGCUUUUGUUUGGGGACCAAGUCAUUAAUUAUUUGUACUGGGCUUUUAUUUUUAAGGCUUGUAGAUUAAAAAAAGGUUGUUUAUUUGUUGAAAUUCAUCUGAGUUGAGAGGUAUGCCUAAUAACAAUGAUGGGGCACAUCUUUCAGACAGAGGGCUAGUGAUGGGUGUCAAUAUGCUUUUAAACGAGUAUGCACCCCAGGUGGGAAAGGGUGAACUUGGAAAAGGACGUCUUUUCAAAUAUCUUUGGUAUCAGAGUAGUCGACAUCCUCUUUUAUCCUUGGCAGAAGGACAUCUAGUCUAAUCAUGGUCUGAAAAAUGGCUAUGCAGCUACAUCUAUAUAAUCACAAAUUUCUGGAGCAUUGCUACUAAUAGAGGAAGAUGCCUUAUUUACAAUUACUUCUCAUCUCCUAUGUCACUUGGUAACUUUAUGAUCUGAAGUUACAAAAACAUGUAAAAAGGAGGAGGGAAAUAAAGGCUGGAAGAGCCAAAUGAAUUUUUAUUUAAUUACAUUGGCUAGGUCUAGACCUUAUUCCAUUGCUACUCUUUAGCAUAAUCAAGUGAACUUUUUAAUGCCUUAAGUAUUAGAAUGUGUAUUCUGUUUUCCUGUUUAUUGCAGAAUAGCUUCGUUUCACUUGCAUGUUCUUGUGUAUCUGUUUUUUGUAUUCUUUGCAAAGUGUAUGUAAACUUAAAAUGGUAAUAUCUCAACUUGUUCUUUUAUGCAGAUUUCUUGGUUUUCAUUACCACUUGAGUUAAUAUUCACUUUUCUUCCUCAGUGACAUGGUAUGCUAGCCAUGUAGCAAAAGAUCAUGCAGUCAUUCUUCCAGAUAUUAUCCUCUUGAUCAGACACCUUCUCUGAAGAAUGAUAGAUACUCCCAGGAACUAUCUGUUAUCUCUUACAGUCUGUAGUUCCUAGUUAAACUAAAUGUGCUGUUGAACACAGUCCUUGAGAGCACUUGUAUACUAUAUACUAGUUCCUCAGCAUAUUGAGUCUUCCCAUCCAUCAUGUCCCACAGUGAUAACUAAAGAAAAUUGCUAACAGCUGCUGGUCAGGAUUAAAGUAAAAUGGAUCUUUCAUUUCCGUUUUCGUUCUUCAUGUUGCACAUAUCCACACAGUAUGUGCCUAGCAGAAUCCAAAUGAUACGCUGCUGUGACUCAAAAUUAGAUGGACUGAAAUAAAGGAAUCUUCUUACUUUUAACUACAUUUUUCUUAGAUGAGGAGUACUGCUUCUAAGAAACUUGUAAGCACUGAAUGUAAUGUCAUAGGAGGAACUUCUGAAAAGUCCAAACCUUCAGGCAAUUUGAUAGUAGCUAAAGAAAUAUGAUAUAAAAGGACUGAAAAUAACUUGUCUCCUUUGGAGUACACAACUACAAUUUGAUUAUGAUAGCAUUGGGGUUGAAGAAAGAAAGUAGUGCAGCAAUCUAGCACUUCUCAUGGUGCACGUAACAUCCUGGGAGAGGUCACAACGGUUCUAGUGUUAAUAAGUAAAGUUUCCUUUACUUAUUUUCAAGUUAUCAACACUUUAUUUUUGAGUGGUGAUAAAAGUUACACAGCUGGCCAUCUUCAUUGUACUUAAUUUCAAGUUAUUAUAAUGACCUAAAGAAAAAAUGAAGUUUCCUACCUGCUGGUAACAUAAGCCAUCUUUAGAUACCAUUUGAACAAGUAGCAUCGCUAUACUAAAAUAUUAACUAAGAUUCUAUUUCUUGUUAAUUGGCCUUGCUUUAUGGAUUUAGUGCUAAUGCUGGUAAUGGUUUAAAAACAUUUUUCUCUUUGAGAUCAUAAGCAAGGGGUACAGUGUAUGGGAGCUAAGGAGAAUCUGUCUGAAUGCCUGAUGUAACUAACUUGUUAUGUGCUUCCAGCUGUGUACUGUCUACAGUCAUACCACAGGCUCUUUCUGUGCACACCUCUUCCCCAUGUUCAUUGGAGGUGUUAAGUAUAUUCAGUGAUCACAAAUUAAUGCCAGAGCUAUUAAAAAACAACCAACAACAAGCUAGGCAGGCCUUACAGCUUGAAAAAGCACGUUGAAUUUUGCAGCCAGCAGCAGCCUCUGAAUGACAAAUGUUUGGUGCAGGCAUUGGCAUUUCUGGUGAUGCUGGAAGGAACUGAUCACUGUACUUCUGGUCUGGUUGAGAUACUCAAGUUUGGUAUUCGUUACCCUCUCUGACAGUUUAGUCCAUGUACUUAGCUUCAAGCAUGUAUGUAAAAUGCUUUGGUGGAUCACAGUUAUAAUGUUUGAUAUAUUUUUUUCUGAAAGUUAAAAUUGAACUUUUGCAUAUUUUGAAAUGUAACGUAUUGUUUUAAUUGCAUUUGCAUGAUAUCCAUCCUUUCAAAAUAGCCUUAAUAGGAGUAAGAUUUACUGCCUUCAAGUCUACAUAGUGUUGUUGAAAGUUAACUUCUGAACUCUUUAAAAAUUACAUUUGUUUCUUAAGUUGUACAUAUAAAAACUGAUAUGAACCUUAUGUCUUCUGGUAACUAUACUUCUGGUACAAAUUGGCCCACGGACUUGGAUACUGUUCAGAGUAGUUGGAUUUGUUUGUAUUGCUCUUGUACCUCUCUUAGCUUUCAGGCUAUGGUAGCUGAAUAUAAGGGGUGUGUGUGGCUGUUCCUCAUCUGCUUUCAAACUUUCUCAUCUCCUGUGAUCUUAAAUAAAAUACUAGUAGUGCCUGUAUUUUUGUGACAGCCUUACCUGUGUUGUCUCUUGAUAUGAUACAAUGUAUGUUAAUGCUUUAUUAAAGUAUAUUACUGUUUUUUUUCCCAUA